AUGACUCGAUCGUGCGGCUGUAAAGGAAUUCGAUUUUUUGCCUCGUGCAAAGACAGUGAUCGUGUCAAGAGUUUACGGGAAAAGCCAGAAGAUCAAACGUCAAAACUCUCGGAUUAUCUUGUUUAUGUUUGCAAAGAUGGAAAAUGAUAUCAUCGACCGGAAUUGAGGCUGCAAUCGACCGUCGAAGAGACCAAAGCAGCGACGAACGAUGCUAAAGGUUCAGAGGACUUUUCUAUUGAUGGGAUCAACUUGUUAUUAGAUUUUUUGGACGAGAAUGAAGAACAAGACGUUGUUCAAGCAAUUGACAAGAAGGAAUGGGUUUUGUCUCAAUCUGGACGGCGAAAACAAGUAAGUUUCUAUAAUAUCUUAGUCAUUACUUUGAUGUUUAGGAUUAUGGCCCGAAAGUGAACUUUAAACACAAAAAAGUGAGGCCACAGUUUUACGAAGGCUUACCUGGAUAUGCAGACUUGAUAUUGGAUAAGCUGAGGAGGAUAAAUAAUGACAAGUAUGGCAAUUAUCAACCAUUUGAACUGUGCAACUUGGAAUAUAACCAGGAACGACAAAGUGGGAUAGAACUGCACAAAGAUGAUAUGAGGAUAUGGGGUAAUAGAUUAAUAAGGUAA